AUGUCCGAUAUCACAUCAUCUCUCUCCUUCCUGACGGAAAACCCCGCGGCCGCGGCGAUCAAGGAUGCAUACAACUCGUUCUCUGACCGGAGGGCGUUGCUCAACCUGCCCAACCCGGGUACCGUGGAUGGUCUCGCCCGUGAGGUCCAGAAGGACGUGCUGUUGACCAACUUCAUGUUCACUGGUCUCCGUGCCGACCUGACCAAGGUUUUUGGCAUGUCUCCUCUGUUCCGUGUGUCGCACGCGUUCGCGAUGGGCGGAUCCGGCAACCUGCCUCCCUACAACUUCUCCACCAUGUACGGAAGCCCCAAGGUUUUCAUGCAAGGUAACCUCGGAAACGACGGUACCCUCGCCGCGGUCUGCAACUACCGUUGGAACCCGGCGCUGGUCACCAAGACCAACGCGCAGAUCAUGGCUGGCGGCUCCCAGGGUCUGCUUCAGAUUGAUAACGACUACACUGGUGCUGAUUUCUCUGCAUCCCUGAAGGCCUUCAACCCCUCUACCCUUGAGGGUGGCCUCACCGGUAUCUUUGUUGGAAGCUACCUCCAGUCCAUCACACCCGCCCUGGCCCUUGGUUUCGAGGCAAUCUGGCAGCGCCAAGCUAUGAACGCUCGUCCUGAGACUGCUCUAUCCUACUGCGCCAAGUACAAGGGUGACGACUGGAUCGGCACUGCUCAGCUCCAGGCUCAAGGCACCUUUGCUGCCACCUACUGGCGCAAGCUCUCUGAGCGUGUGGAGGCCGGUGUCGAUAUGAACCUUCAGUUCGCCCCCAACGCUGCUGCCAUGAUGAUGGGUGGCCCCAGCCGCGAAGGUACCACUGCCAUUGGUGCCAAGUACGACUUCCGCGCCUCUUCCUUCCGUGCCCAGGUCGAUAGCGCUGGCAAGGUCAGCUGUCUUCUUGAGAAGCGCAUUGCUAUGCCCAUCUCCCUCAGCUUCGCUGGUGAGAUUGACCAGUCCAAGCAAACCGCCAAGGUUGGCCUUGCUGUGUCUCUUGAGAUCGCCGGUGAGGAGUUGAUGGAGCAACAGGAGAAUGCUGACCCCGCCAGCAUGAUUCCCCCUCCUUUCUAA